AUGAUAGUAUUAAGUCGUACGAAUCAUGCUGAAGAAUUAAAUAGUAAAUUAUUCAUUGCUAAAGCAUUAAGUAGAUUAGAUGGUUUCAUGAAUGAUAAAAAAUUUAUUGACAUUUAUAAAGAAUAUCAAAAUAUACUUUUUACUAACACAAGUGAUGUAUGUAAAAAAGCUAUUGACGCAAUUACAACAAACAAUUAUGACCUAGUUGCUAGCGAAAUGGCAGCAUUACAAUCGUCAGAUAAAGUUGGAGAGCACUUUUUCCAACAGGCCAGACGAGCAAUUAAUAUUGGUUUAAAUGAUUUAUUAGAUGAAACAAAAAAAAAGCAAUAA